UCAAACAUCCUGAUUCCACUUGUGUCUUUUCUUUUCAAAUCGUCCAGAUUUCUAAUUCCCCUCUUUAGUUUUCUCAUCCUGCCAGACUGCCAUCGUCAACGUUCGGGGUUACUGUGGAUCGCUGUCUCUCUCUCUGGUGUGGCUACGAUCGUUUUUGAUUUGCUCUGCAUUCAUCCAUCUGCGUUGUUCUAAACGCCCGAAACUGUUGGAGUCUGAAUGUGAAAGUUCAAUCGAUUGGUUCUGGAUUUCUGACAAGAUCUUGACUAAUUAGGUUGCUGGUGAGAAACCUGAAGAUGCUGGAUUUCACUUCUGGAUUUUUGUCAGUUUAAUAAUGUUGCGAGCAUCCGCUCUUUCUCCAAGAAAAUGAAUUCUUUGGAAGCUGGGUCGACCGAUUGGUUCUAACGUACGUGAGUCCUAAUUCAAUUGAUAAAAUUUCCUCGAUGUUUGGAUUGACACCAGGCUGCUGGGUUUAAGCUUCUGCUGAUUCUCUGAAUUGGGUAUUGAAUUUCUUCUCGGUUUAAUUGCUUGAUUUUCUGAUGUUUUGCCUGAAAAUGUAUGGAAUUUAUUUAGAAAUAAAGCACCUGAAUUACUUCUGCAAAACCCAGAUACUAGAUGUUAUGAUCGAAUAUGGAGGUUGCCCCUUGAAUCGAUGGGAAAGAAUUGUUUGUUGAUUAUGAUCUAAUCGAUGUAUUAAACUUGGUGGAAUUUUGUAAUCCUUUGACUAUGAAAACUGAAAAUUAAUGUUGCAAAAUUCUAUGGUGUCCCAUAGAAUCAUGAAAGACUAGAAUCUUAUACAGAGUUUAUUUGAUUAUGUUCUGUUGAUUAUGGAGUACCUUCCCGUUGAAGUCAUAGGGAACAUACUAUCCCAGCUUGGAGCUGCAAGGGAUGUGGUGAUUGCCUCUGCAACUUGCCGGAAGUGGAGAGAAGCCUACUGCAAUCACCUCCACACCCUUUCGUUCAACUCCAAUGAUUGGCCUGUUUAUCGUGAUCUCACAACUAGUCGACUGGAGAUCCUUAUAACCCAAACGAUAUUCCAGACCAGGGGUUUGCAGUGUCUGUCUAUUUUUAUGGAUGAUGUUGAUCAGUUCUCGGCAGCUCCAGUGAUUGCUUGGCUUAUGUAUACCAGAGAAACCUUGCGCCGAUUGUUUUAUAAUGUUCGCACAACCCCGAAUGUUAACAUUUUUGAAAAGUGUGGUAGGCAGAAGCUGGAAGUGCUACAUUUGGCUCAUAAUUCCAUCACAGGGAUUGAACCCAGUUACCUGAGAUUCCCUUGCCUGAAAUCCCUGUCUCUGAGUUACGUCAGUAUCUCAGCAUUGGAUCUGAGCCUUUUGCUUACUGCGUGCCCCAAGAUUGAAGUCUUGUCCCUUGUCAAUCCUGAAAUUGCCAUGUCAGAUUCUCAGGCAACGAUGGAACUUAGCAGUCCUACAUUGAAGCACAUAUAUGUUGAAGCAAUCAGUUUGGACAAGUUGAUGUUGGAGGCCGACAGUCUUGAGAGUUUGUGUCUAAAAGAUUGCACCCUAGAUUUUUUUGACCUCAUUGGAAAGGGUACCUUGAAGCAUCUCAAGAUGGCUGAUGCCAGCAUGCUCCAUCUUGAAAUUGAGAAUACUGAGAAUCUUGAGGUUGUAGAUGUCAGCAGCUUCACGAUCAUAUGGCCAAAGUUCUACCAAAUGAUAUCAAGAUCAUCAAAAUUGAGAAGGCUUCGGCUUUGGGGUGUGGUAUUUGAUUAUGAGGAUGAGGUUGUGGAUUUGGAAACAAUUGCGGUUUGCUUUCCUCAGCUAAGCCAUUUAUCCUUGAGUUAUGAUUUAAGAGAUGGAGUGGUUCACUAUGGUUUGCAAGGGCCUACACAACUGGAGAAUGUUGCUGUAUUGGAACUUGGGUGGACUGUAAUUAGUGAUCUCUUUUCUCAGUGGGUUGCUGGAGUGCUUGAGAGGUGCCCUAAUCUUAAAAAGUUGGUCAUCCACGGGGUUGUUUCAGAAGCCAAGACACAUGAAGAAUGCCGUAUUUUGGCCAAUUUUACCUCAUCUAUUGUUCGGCUCAUGAGGAAAUAUAUGCAUGUUGAAGUGCAGUUUGAGUAUGAAUAGGAAAUGUGUGAAAAUACCCUUGGUGGUAUCAAAGUUUCCGUCCACCAAUAAUUACAUAAUCAGGUAAACUGUGCUAUACGUAGAGUAUGAGUGCCCUUCUCUAGUUUGCAUCUGAGUUCUGUAGUAUUUUUCUCCACUGAUGGAUAAAAUUGUUGGCUGAACAUUGUACAUUAAGGCUAUUCUUUCUGGAAAGCUAUAAAUUUUGAAUUCAUUAUUUUUA